AUGGAGAGAUCUACUGCUUUGCAACCAAAGCAGAGCAGCCAACAUGUGGUAGAGUCCUCUCUACCCACUUCUGGUCCACUCAGAGUGCUAGCCUCUGUGUUCUGCCUCCCUGCCUGCACUGGCCUAUUCCUGCCCAAUCAGGACAAAUCUUUUCAGGCGAUCUUCCAGAUUAUCCUUGGAUGGCAACCUGUUGUACUCCCAAUAUUUGUGGAUUCUACCAGCCAAGCACUGUUUCAGAGGCUGAAUUUGACCAUACGGGUCCCAGGACCUAGCCCAAUUCAUGUGGGCUCUGGGGACCAUGACUAUUGCAUCCUAAGCCCUACAGUGACCCCAGGACCUGAGUUGGGAUCCCACUGGAAUGUCAAACGACAUCAAGAUAUUACCAUUAAGCCUAUCCUUUCUCUGGGCAUUUCAGCUGCUUUGCCAGUAUGCCCAGCCACAUGCCAGAAACAGCAGCUGGACCAUAGGACUAGUGAAGAAAUGGAAGCAACCCCUCCAGCCCCAUGCCACCCCUGACCAGCACCCUUCUUGCUGUUGUCCCCAGAGGCUUCACCUGGCCCUAAUGAUGACACUAGGACUCCCCCCGGGGCUUUGGCCAAGCAGCCAGUUCACUGCUAUCAGAAGGCCAUUGCUUCAUCCAGCCCUCCAGGCCGUGUUUGGCGAGGCCACAGCAGUCGUUCAUGUUCCAAUGGGGCUAGUGAGGCCUCUUCCUCCUUGGCGUCUUCAUCUUCUUCCAGAUCCAGGUGCAGGUCUCACUCCCAUUCCUGUUCCAGGUCCAAGUCUAAGUCCAUCUCCCCACCACCCAAGAGAUGGCGCAGCUACAGCUGUGAUUCCUGGGGACACUCUCGGCGGCAAUCUUCCUCGUUGUCGUCUUCUACAUCUUCUUCUUCAUCCUCAUCCAGUUCUCAGUGCCGAUCUCGUUCUCUGUCCCCUCGUAGUAGGAGUAAUAGGAGACGGAGGUACGACUACUAUGAUUCCUAGGACCACUGCCAAAGGCAGAAAAUUCUUCAGAAGGAACGUGCAAUAGAGGAAAGGAGAGUGGUCUUCAUUGGGAAAAUUCCAGGCUGCAUGACUCGGUCAGAGUUGAAACAUCGGUUCUCAGUCUUUGGAGAGAUUGAAGAAUGUACCAUUCACUUCCGCUUUGAAGGUGACAACUAUGGCUUUGUCACCUACCGAUAUGCUGAAGAAGCAUUUGCAGCCAUCGAGAAUGGUCACAAACUUCGGAGGGCAGGAGAGCAGCCCUUUGACCUCUGCUUUGGGGGCCAAAGGCAAUUUUGCAAGAGGAAUUAUGCAGAUUUGGACUCCAACUGGGAGGAGUUUGACCCUGCCCCCAUGAAGAGCAAAUUUGAUUCAGUUGACUUUGACACAUUACUGAAACAGGCCCAGAAGAACCUUCGGAGGUAA